CAUCGAGAUAUAAUAAAAGAGGAGACGAAAUCACAUGAUUUUGAGCGACACCUGGUACGUCAUAUUGAUGACUGACUUCUGACAAAGUUAUGUCAAAGUGCGUUAUGCGAGCUUUUGUGAUACUGUUUGCACAAAUUGAAGAAUAUUAUUAUGGUGUCUUGUGCUCUACAGAGUUGUGCAAAUCGGACUGAAGUGGAUAAAAAGAAUACAACAGGAAAAACAUUCCAUAGAUUCCCUAGAAACGCUGACCGUUGCCAACUUUGGGUGAAAUUUGUUAAUAGGGGUGAAUGGACACCUACAAGAUCUAGUGUUAUUUGCUCGAAACAUUUUUCUGAGGAGUCAUUCGAUAGAACAACAAAAUUUUAUGUUAAUCUCAAACCAAAUGCAGUUCCGACAAUACAUCCAAACCAGGUAGGAAGAAUCACCACCUGCCAAGAUACUAGUACUAUCAAAUACAGUAUUAAGACCUAAUUUCGACUCAUCCCUUCUACAGAAACAAGCAGUUAGUAUAAAACAUCAUAGCAAUAAGCUUGUAUUAUUUAGAGGGCAGUAAUAAAUUAAUCUGUACCUAAUCUAUGUAUUUAUGUAAUAAAGAUUAUUUCCAAACCUGAUUUUUAUUUAUGUAGGAACGCAAAAA